ACCCCCCUUCUCUCUCUCUCUCUCUCUCUCUCUCUCUCUCUCUCUCUCUCCUCACUUGAGCCAUGGCGGACGUCCUUGGAUGCCCACCAUCUUCUUUAACCUUUAUGCUUCAUUUUUCUUGAUUCCAUCCAUCAAUUUCUUUGCCUUUUCAAUCUUUCAGUCUUGCUGCCAUUUCCCCGACAUUUCUUUUUUCCUAAAGUCACCUUCUUUAGUAACUAAUGAUUCCGGCCACGGUGGUGCACCGCCGGAUACUGCAAACGGACGUCAAGGUUCCGCCGUCAGCAGCCAACGGAAGUUCACCAGACGGUAGUUACACCGGUGGUGACGACAGUUUCGACAACAACAUGAUGAUCAUACUUGCCGUUUUGCUAUGUGCAUUGAUAUGUGCCCUCGGGCUUAACUCGAUCGUUCGUUGCUUUUUUCGGUUCGGCCGAACGUUUGUUUUGGAGAACCCUGGAGUACAAGCCACCACCGGCGUCGUGGCUUCGAGUGGCCGGAAAAAGGUUUUGUUGACUGAGAUUCCGGUGGUGGUUUAUGGGCCGGAGAUGAAAAUUCCGGCCACCGAUUGUCCGAUUUGCCUCGGAGAGUUUACCGAAGGCGAAAAGAUGAGGAUGUUACCAAAGUGUAAACAUUGGUUUCAUGUUAAAUGUAUAGAUAAAUGGCUUCUUUCACAUUCAUCUUGUCCAAUAUGUAGGCAGCUUAUAUUUGAACUAGAUGAGGCUUAAUUGCAAUUAUAAAGCUCAUUUUGUGAUUUUUGCAAGAUAUGAUAAAUUUUAUAGCUAAUUUU